AUGCCUUACAUUUCAAACUCUUCGUCGCUUAUACCCUACCUCAUCCAGAAUCAGGCCGUAACAUACGUUGCUGUUUCGCUUCUUACGGUGGCGGUUUACGAUUACGUUCUCAGCAUGAGCGAGGAGGUGUUGCUGAUAUGGCAAUAUGGAAAAUCACCCUUAACAUUCUGCUAUGUUUUUGAUUUCCCUUGGUCGGUGCUUUCAAGCUAUGGUUCCACACGAUUGUACUCAUCCUUUCCAGUGACUUCUUUUUCCAUUGUUCUAUCGGAUAGAGUUUCUCAAGAAGGCAUAUUAUUGGGCAUUCGGGUGUGCGUGGAGUUAAAUGCCCAAAGCCCUUUCUCCUGGGCUGUCAGCGUGGUGAAUGAUGUUGGUACAUAUGCGUACGAGCUCCUGCUUGUUGCAAUGCUCGUCUACCGCUCAAUUGUGUACUUACGAGAGGGUGGAUAUACGAACUCCUCAACGGGGCUUAAGGAGCUUAUCAAGUUGCUGGUGGGGCAAGGUUUUUUAUAUUUCAUAUGGGUGCUCACAGGCACGACUCUUUCCAUUGUUUAUAGUGUCCCAGUAAUUAGCAAUAAUCUGAGCCCUAUGGCUCAAAGAACCCUCGCCGUCAUCAGUGUAGUCGUCGACACUGGACUUUUUUGCAUGUUGGGGCCAUGGCUGAUCUUGUCCAUCCGUCGGAACCACAUGAAUCAUUUGAAUGGGGGUCCAAGUAUGAAUAGAGCCACACUCAGCUCCGUCGCAUUCGCCAGUCGUCCACUCGCUCUCGAUGACUCGCUAGAGACAUCACCAAACGAGGACCUUCUUCAAUCUGAAGCUUGA